CACAGCACAACGUUUCUUUCUCCAGCAAUCUUCAAAGUGGCAUCGGCUAUCUUCUUGGCUAAAAUAGAGAAAUGGAUUGUCAGAACAUUAUCAAGAUUGGGCAAAUGAUGGUAGCAAGAAACCACAGCGUAACCAUCUUGAUCACGACCGACAGUAAUCUUAAGGAUAUACCCAAUGGGAUAGAGGUGUUAACUGUCAAGGUACACACUGAAGCUUUGUCAAUUUCCAGCGAAGAAAUGCUUGAAGUUCACAAUAAUCCCUUUCACAUUUUCAAGAAAGUGAUAGAGAAAAGCAGUAGCACUGUGGAUGCACUUUUUGGGAACAGAGAGCUACUAAACACUUUGAUUUCUAAAAAAUUUCACCUCCUGUUUCAUGACGUAGCUGCUAUAGAAAGUUUUGUAUUGAGGGAUUAUUUAAACAUCCCCGGAGUCGGGUAUUCUAAUUUGGGGUUCGAUAACGACUGGACCAUCUAUCCUAUACACCCUGCCUACACGCCACAUAUUUUUGCAGGAUGCUCGGAUCACAUGGGUUUUAGGGAGAGAUUAAUGAACACACUGAGUUUAACGUUAACCGUAUAUUUUAAGUACUAUGUCACGGCUGUUUUUAAUGGCGCAAAAGAAAAAUAUAAUCUCAACACCUCCUUGUCGUUUAUGACAGCUUAUUCCAGAUUGUCUAUACUGAUAGUUAACGUAGAUUUUGCGUUUGACUAUCCCCGUCCCGUUUUUCCUUGGGUAAAAACUGUGUCGGGUAUCCUUUUUCAUCCUGCAAAACCCCUAUCUAAAGAUUUGGAAGAGUUCGUGGAAUCUUCCAGGGAACAUGGCAUCGUUAUCAUGAGUUUUGGGUCGAAGGUAUCCGAACUUACGUCAGAAAAAGCAGAAUUAAUAGCCAGGGUUUUGGCGCAACUUCCGCAGAAGAUUAUAUGGCGGAACAAUAAUUCCGAUAUUUCGGGAUUGGCAAAUAACACGAAAGUUAUGAAUUGGAUACCACAAAAUGACCUUGUUGGUCACGCAAAAGCGCGCCUCUUCAUCACUCACUGCGGAGUUAGUGGUUCACACGAGGCGCUAUAUCAUGGGGUCCCUGUUGUUGCCGUACCCCUGUUCUUGGAUCAAUUUAGCCACGCAACAAAGUUUGUUGAACGUCUUGGAAUGGGGGAGAAGUUAGACUUCUACAAUUUAACAGAAUCUACUUUCUCUGCAGUUGUAUUGAAGGUUCUGAAUAAUCCUAGCUAUUUUGCCAACGCUAAGCGUGCAGCAGCAAUUGUUCGUGACCAGCCGAUGGACGGAAAGGAAACACUGAUGUACUGGGUUGAGUAUGUUAUCAGAAACAAUGGAACGUUGCAUUUCCAUUCUCAGGCGAUGGAGAGACUUAGCUGGUACCAGUAUGUCUUGCUAGACGUAAUAAUCUUCCUAUUAACGGUUGCAGUGUGUGUUGCUGCCUUUCUUUUGUUUUGUUGCAAAAUGUUGUGCAGAAACGUUCUCAAAUUACAGCCUCAGUUAAGGAAGAGGAACAAAACUGAUUGAUAUAUAUGUACGUCUUUCGUUUUUUAUGUUGCUUUGGGUCUCACUCACGUGCACGUUGUAAGGGAGAUUAGGGGUCAAUUUUAACAGAGAUAUAAGUUUAAAGACAACAAUUCAUGUUGGAACUAUCCUUAAGCAGCGUACUGUUACAGACUACACGUAUUGCAGCAGUUUCUUGUAUUGUAUUCUAAGAUUACUGUAAAUAUUAUAUAUCAUUAUAACUGUAUUUACAAAGCGAGAACUAACUCACUAACUACCAACACAAUAACGUUAACGCGACAUU